GUUUUAUCCAAAUGGAAAUUGAAAUAGAACAUUAUUGCAUCAAAUACAAUACAGCUCAAACGUAAGCCAUAUUGUACGACAUCAAGAAAUAUGUAAAAGUACUCCGAGAACGAUGCAAUGAAGAAGCUUGAGAUUGCUAUCAUUUACACCGCCAUUAUUUUGAGCGUUGUUGGGGAAAACCUUUCAUUUGGAAGUCACUUGCGCAUCCAAAGAGAAGUCAGGGAGAGGUCUGCUCUUUUUCAAAAGGUGAAAGAAGAUGAAGUUUUGGAAGGGCACGUUAUAGCAAAAUUCUUGGUUCCAUCUGAGCUGGACUGUUUGCAUAGAUGUGUGUUGUCUGACAAUUGCGUGUCAUUCAACUAUCAACGGUUGAGUUUCAAAUCAACACGACGUACUUGUGAGCUAAAUGACGUCACUCUGCUGUCUUCCGGUGAGACACUCGUGAGACGAAAUGGAUAUUCUUAUAAAGAGCCGAUCGAAUUGCCCUACGACGGAGAUAAACACCGGACAACUAGCAAAGAAAACCGUCAGUUAGAACUGACAUCUUCUGCUGAAGAAAUGUCUUCAAUAUCAUCGAUGGCAUCAUCAUCUGCUAUUGUUAUGUCGAAGUCUUCCUUGUCAACGCUAUCAAAGACGUCAUCGCCUGUCGCGUCAAUGAUAGUGUCUUCAAAUGCACUGGCUACGUCAUCUAUGAUAUCAUCUCCUUUGUCUUGCAUGAUAACACCAUCAAAGACUACUUCGUUUGUCACGCCAUCGAUAUCGUCAUCAAAUGUAUUCGCUAAGUCCUCUAUGAUUUCAUCUGCUUUGACGUCUCUACCUUCCUCACAUCAAUCAGUCACACAGACCACAUUUGGCAUAACGAUGACAUCAUCAGCUUCUCUACUUAAUUCCACGUCAGGAGUAAUGACAUCGUCAAUUACUCUGUUGUCGUCAUCUUCACAACCCCAAGCAGACUGUACGGGCGGCUGGUAUGGAUAUAGAACUGGAUGUAUUCGAUUUUUUACCCAACCUAAAACAAGAGCAGGUGCAAAUUCACACUGUAAGAGUUUCAUGACUUCUAACAAUGAAAAAGGAGGUCUGAUUAAGAUCCCGUCCGUUGAAGACAAUGACCAAGUUGUUAGCCUUGCCCCUCGGAAUGCAGGAAAAUACUAUAUUGGUCUGACAGACACGAAUCAAGAGGGUGUAUAUCGCUGGAAAUGGACCACAGAUGACGCUACUUAUUUCAACUGGGAGUCAGGCUAUCCUCAAGCGACCAACAUUGAGAAAGAUAGAGACUGUGUUGUAAUAUCAACUCAUACCGAUAACUCUUAUAAAAAGUGGUCCACUGUGCACUGCACUAACAGCUGGAUGUAUAUAUGCGAGUGUAAAAGUGCGUGCGCUUAGUAGUAAUCGUCGCUCCAAAGGUUAAUCUUAUGUUUUGUUUAAUACUUUUUCCAAAUCGCAUGCACUGUAGAUAGAGUUAGUGAAUUUAUCGACAUCGAAUAAGAUAUUGCCGGCUAUUGUUAGAGUGUCUCUUUCUCUCCUACCUCUAAAUCUAUCCCUCUCCGUGUUUCUUCACUUGAUUGAGCUCUUUUGUAGCGGUGAAUUAAACAUCCAUGCCAACAGAUACGCUCGUCAAAGU